UGCAGCUGUUGCUACUGCCCAACGACGCAACCAACGAUGAUAUUUCUAUAUUAUGCGUUGCUACUGCUGCUACCGAUCGUCCUGAGCUCGGGCCAGCAGCUGGUCCGCAACGAGGACAUCUGCGGCCCGCACAACGGCCGCCGCCUCUACGUGGAGCUGGGCGAGCGCGGAGUGCUGCGCGCCGACAACGUCAGCCUCGUCAAGAACUCGCCCCAGCUGCAGCAGGACAGCGGCGGCGCGAGUGGCAAUAAUAAUAAUGGUGGCAGACCGCUGUACGCGACGACCAACAGCAGCCACGAUCAGUGCAGCCUCGAGCUGGUCACCUGUCCGUCGUGCGUCAUCAGCGUCGUCUUCAGGAGCAUCAAUCUUCAGCAUCACUGCGGCGACGGAGGCGCCACAGUCGACAGUCCCUGCAGAUGCGACUACGUGUGGAUAUCGGAGCCACCGUACGAGGACGUGUCGGGUACACCCUUUUGCGGUCAUUACGCGCCCAUGGCGCACCGAUCCAACACUCGGACACUGUCCAUAGCCCUGCUCUACAGCCAAUCGCACAGUCACGCCUUCUCCCUCGAGUACACGGCCGAAAGAAAUCGACUGAUACUGACGGGCUCCAACUCGAUGAACGACAUCGCCAAGUCGAUGAACAACACCGGCGGCGGGACCCUCGCCUCGCCCUUCUUUCCGUCGCGCUAUCCGCGCGACAUGGGCAUCGAGUACAUCAUCAGCUGUCCCACGGAGGCGCCGGUCUGUCGGGUGCGCGUGCUCUUCAGCGACUUUCAGGUCGCCGCCGUCUCGGUGAUGGAGUUCUAUGACUGGAACGGCCAGCGUCUGGACGUGAGCAGCGGGGCGCGCUUCAGGCCGCCCAUCAUCGUGUCCACGGGCCCGUCGCUGCUCGUGCGCUUCUACGCCAAUGGCGGCACCGGCCUCGGCUACAAGGCCUUCUACUCGUUCGUCUUCACCGACCCGGCGGCGGCGGGCGGCCUCGCCACUGUCCAGCCCGUCACGGAUUGCGGCGGCUACGUCGAGAAUCUGGGAGGCACCAUCACCAUGAUGGACAUGGUGGGCGACGAGGGCGUGAGGACCUACGACUGCGUCUGGCUGAUCAAGCCGCCGAAGAAUUUUCUCCACACAAAGACCCACAUGUACGUGAAGGUCAUCUCGUUCGCGGAAAUGGCUGGUAACACCGAGUUGAUCAUCAAACAAGGCCCGACGUCGGCGUUGAUGCCGCUGGAGGUGCUGCGACAUCCGGUCAGCCAACUGCAGCCGCCCAAAUUGAGGGAGCACCUGGCGCCCGUGUCGAACGGCUUUCACGUGAGUCUACGUGGCAGCUUCGGGCCCAAUUCUCGACUAGCCAUCGCCUACGCCGCCUUCAGCUACAUCGAUUGCUUCGCCGGUUCGGAUUUCUUGUGCCAGAAUCAUCGCUGCAUCUCGAGCCAGCUGAACUGCGACGGCUUCGAUCACUGCGGCGACAGUAGCGACGAGCCAGCCACCUGUAUGCACGACAUGGACAUGACGAUAAAGGAUCAAAAAUGGCACCAGAGCAAGGCCAACUACUACUUCCCGAAGAUCGACCGCUAUCCCGACCUCAAGACCGCCACCAUGGUCUUCGUCAUAAGCAGCCUCGGCCUCAUCAUCAUGAUAUCCACCCUGAUAAUCAUGCUCUAUCGCAUUGGCUCGAGGGCUCGCCAGCAGCGGGAGCUCCAGUCCAGACUAAGGACCAUCAGCGAGCUCCUGGCUUUAGACCUUGCAGAUGGGGCGCGCAUCGACGAGAUGUCCGUGAACGCGGACGAGCCGCCGGUCUACGAGGCGCCGCCCAAUUACGACGAGGUCAUCAAGCUCGGCAUGGAGAACGAGACGGCGGCGGCGGCCGCUGCUCGCCGGAAACGAGCCCGAAGAACGCCGAGCGCCGGCGGCGGCCGGAGAAGUCGGAGCGUGCCUAGUCAAUGCUCAUGCGAGUUUGAGUCGCAUCUGACGAUCAACGCGUACGAGGGUCCGUCCAAUGGGAAUCUCGGCAGCGACGCCCCGCAGUCCGCGUCGUCUUCGAGCUCGACCACGGCUAUACUACCUGCUGGCUCGGAGAGUCCGCCACCUCCUUACGUAACUCCGCCGAAACCUGCUUCGCCUAUUUUCCGAUCGGAUGAUAAUCCACAGCCCGGGCCGAGUGGAUUGAGCAGUCACGUGGCGUCGUCGUCACCUUCGUCGAGAAGCGAGGCGAAUUGCCGAGGCACCUGUCGGCAUCGACUCGAGCGGCGAAACUCGUCGGUCUCGCUGCCGGCCGCCUCGCGAGAAGCCUCGACCGAGCGUCUCACGCAAAACGACGACGAUGACCUGCUCCAGCAACAGCAACGAAUCGAGACAUCGGAGAACGUCCUGGGUGCGUAUAAUGCAUCAUCAUCAUCAUCGCCCGCAGCGCCGGCUGAUGCUUGUGCUGCUCCCCAGCUGCCGAGAUCGAGCGCUGCCUCAGCAUGCACGAGCACCGAAUGCGCCGACACCUGCUGCAGUGCGGACGUCGACACGCGGAUCGAGGCGCCGGUCAGAAGAGGCCGGGGCCCCCCACAGCCGGCAAACGUAGACGCUAGCCGUGUCGAGGGUUGCCUGUGCGAAGGCGCCUGCGGUUGCGCCAGCCUAAAAAGAGCGAGAGCUCUGCUGCGCUCCGUCGGCGCUAGCAAAACGAUCGACCACGAGCCGGAGGUGGAUCCUACGACGACGACGAUGACGAGGACUCUGACGAGCCCGAACGUAUCGGCCGUCACGCAGGCCCAGAGACAACGACGGCAAUUAUUUUUCGCGGUCGAUGAUAAGAAUCAAGCCGACGAGACAACGAAUAUAUUGGAUCGAGUCCCGUCGUCGUCGUCGUCGUCGACAUGCCUGAAGAAGAACUACGCGAGCUGCGACCUCGACAAUCUGUACGAGAGCAUCAAGGUACUGGACACGUAUCUGGCCAAGAGAACGGCGACGAGCCAGGACCGUCUCGGCCAGCUGGCCAAGAGGAGGAGAUCGAUGGCGGCGAUGCUGUUUGACGACGAUCUGAGACAGCCGAGCGAAGACGACGCAGUGUUCAGCACGCCCAUGACCAUGAGCCGGCGAGAGUCGAGAGACAACGAACCGCGGCCGUAACUUUAUCGUUCUUUAAUUACCAUACAUUGUCGCUUUUAAGGUGAAAAAAAAUCAAUUACGUAUAGCUGACGACUGUGAUAUUCGCUCCCAAAAUUAAAACACUCGUAAGAGGGAUAAAAUUAAAAAGAGUUUUUGUACGUAGGGAAAAAAAUGUAUAUUUUUUAUGGUGAAAGUAUGGUUUUUAUACUGAUGUACAGACGAAUUUGUAUAUAGACACAAUGUGGAAAGUACAUUUUUUUGACAUUGAUGUUGAAGUCGAGGAACAUUAGCAAUCUUUGAAUAGUGCAAUAAACAUUCGAUGUUUCGUUCAUACUUUAAUAGUUAUUAAAAGUUCAUUUUUAUGAUUGAGUCCGAU